AAUCGAACGUGAGACGUUUAAUUUAUCGAAGAACGAAUGUCAAAUUUGGAAACUUCGGUCGAAAUUUGAACGCAUUGACGACGCACGUUAUUGAUGAAGUACCUCAGCGAGUUGUUUCCAUUUAAAUUCGGUUCAGAUAAGAAACGUUCGAGUAGCGUUGUAGGUACAAGAUUUAGCCACGCAGCCUUAACGCGAACAGAUACGCCUUUGAUGCAAUCUCUGCGAAAUUGGAUAAUAGUUUCCUUCUUUCCGGAUAUUUCUGUCGCGACCAUGACCUUAGAAGGGAAAACGUUUCCCUCGUAUCAAAUUAGACGUCUAUGUUAUUAUGUUAUUAAGUCAUUCGCAUGUGUCGGGACGCCGGUAAUACAGGGCCACACUUGCGUAACGCAGCGAGCUAAUUGAUUGCCGAGCGACUUUGUGUAUUGAACAAUUACUCGAUAAUAAUUUCUGCGAUAAUUUGAGACGCGCUUAUCUAUUUUUAAACGCGGCGAGGUGGCGCACCACCGUGCGCCGCUAAACGGCGAAUUUGCAUUUUACGAGAAUAGACUUUGUCCUCGCGCGUAUUUGAGAUCAAUCGUUCGGUUCAACGAUGCAAAACAGUCAAAGGCGUAAAUAGCGAAGUGCGAGGAUACUCGAGUGCAACCUUCAGCAAGUUAACCUCAAGCUGCAUUUGACCUCAAUGCAAUAAUUAAGAACAAUCAGUUCGUGAAGAAUGUGCGCGUACGACGGAUUCGCAAUGGUGAACUGACACCAGCGUUUCCUUUAUUGCAUUGCUCCACAUUUGUGCCAAUUGAUUAGAGGUUUAACGUACUGGACCGCCCCGACGUUUUAGCGACACGAGGGAAUCAGAAGAAAUUGUGCGGCUAUGGAAAACUCGGAGAAAGAAUGUUUACAGAUGCAACCGAUGGACUCCUACAGUCCUCGCAAGGAGAACCACGAAGUCACUGCUGCCGGUGUAAAUAAUGCUGAUGAUGUGGAGAAAACUGAAAAGAUGCUGCAUUCGAGCGAAGAUGGGGGGGAUGAUUAUGACCCCCAUAAGCAUCGGAAUAGACCAAAUCCAACUUCAAAUUUCGAAACCCUGGUUCACUUGCUGAAGGGCAGUUUGGGCACGGGAAUUUUAGCAAUGCCGAAUGCGUUUUACAACAGCGGCCUCCUGGUCGGUGUCAUAGCUACAAUUAUCAUAGGCGCAUUGUGCACGUACUGUCUACACAUACUCGUAAAGGCGCAGUACAAAUUGUGUAAGCGGUUAAGAGUUCCUAUAUUAAGCUAUCCGGACAGCAUGAAAUAUGCCCUGGAAAAAGGUCCACGAUGCGUAAGCUGGUUCUCGCCCUAUGCACCAGGACUUGUAGACGGGUUUAUGAUAGUAUAUCAAUUGGGAAUUUGCUGCGUUUAUAUCGUGUUUGUAGCAACCAAUGUUAAACAGGUGACAGACCAGUACUGGGAACCUUUGGCUAUCUCGACCCACAUGUUCAUAUUGUUGAUUCCGCUGAUUUUGAUAAACUACAUUAGAAAUCUGAAGCUACUGGCGCCGUUCUCCACGAUAGCAAACCUUAUUACGUUCGUCGGACUCGGCAUGACACUGAAGUACAUGUUCGAAGACCUACCGCCGGUGAGCAGCAGAGAGAUGGUUGGCACAUUAAGAAAUUUUUCCCUCUACUUUGGAACAACGUUAUUCGCGCUGGAAGCCGUCGGCGUGAUUAUAGCAUUGGAGAACAACAUGAAGACGCCGCAAGGUUUCGGUGGCUACUGUGGUGUAUUAAAUAUAGGAAUGAUUGUGAUUGUCAUCUUGUAUAUAGUUAUGGGUUUCUUCGGUUACAUAAAAUAUGGGCCCGACGCCGAAGGAAGCGUCACCUUUAAUCUGCCACAAGAGGAAGUUAUGGCUCAAAGUAUUAAAAUAAUGUUCGCGAUCGCCAUAUUUAUAACAUACGCUCUACAAGCCUACGUGCCCGUGGAAAUUUUGUGGACCACCUACUUAGAUCAUCGAAUACAAAACCGCAAACUCUUGUGGGAAUACGUUUGCCGAACCGUCGUUACCCUAGUCACGUUCGUCCUGGCGAUCGCUAUACCGAGACUCGGCCUAUUUAUUUCCCUCUUCGGCGCGCUCUGCCUAUCCGCCCUCGGUAUCGCUUUCCCGGCAAUUAUUGAGAUAUGCGUGCUGUGGCCGGAGAACGAUUUCGGUCCCCUCAAAGUCACACUAAUCAAGAACAUCCUUCUGAUCUUGUUCGGCCUGCUGGGUCUCGUGGUGGGGACCUACGUCAGCAUCGUCGACAUAAUUAAGUCUUUCCAGUGAACACAAUCAAACGCGCGCUAAUAUUUUCCGAAGCGGAGAGAGAUAUGCGAGACGUAGCUUGCAAACGAGCCUUGACGACGACAGUGUCGAACACAUCGGAAAGCGAUCACAGCUAUCAAGCUCGCCUCUCCGCCCCUUCUUCUGUCUCUCUGACUUUCUGUCACCGCCACGAAUUUACUUAGAUUUUAUGUAGGUAAUUGAAAGGAAAAAAAAAAUAUAGACGCGAUAGAGCUUGUCGAAGAGCACUCGAAAUCUCGCGACAACAGCCUCCGGUAAAUAAUCGGUUGGCACGAUCUGUGAUGAAAUCUUUCCUAAACAUCGAUAAUGUACUGGAAGACGUCAUCUCACGCGAGUCGUUGUUAAAGAUUUGUAUUACUCACUUUAGAGAAGUGCAUAUUCUUAUGCAUUCACCCUGUAUACACGUCUGUACAUACAUCGUAUACCUACUGUACGUACGAAUGGUCCACUCUAGUAUACAUAAAAAUGUCACGUCUAAAGCGGGUUUUAUAUACAUACAAUAUACAUAUAAUACAUAUUAGCAUCCGGAUAUCGGGUAGGUAUUCGCGAAGAAUUUUUCAAUUAGACAAUUAUUCGUCACAAACCCCUUGCGCUUAAGCUUUUUGUCUCGGUGAUACGAGUACUUAGAGAAACGGCUGGCAUUCAUAUAUUUUUUUUUUCGUAAGAUGGAUGUUGCAAUAAUCGACAACACUCGAGCGACGUAAAUUCUUCGAGAAUUGGAAAAUUUUAAAUAGACUUGUUCGGAUUUGAUAAGUCAAUGAUUGCAAAGCGAAUGAAGUAAAAAUGAAUUGUUAAACCAUUUAAAUAAAAUUAAGUUGCAAGAGUUUUAGUAAAAUUAUAUGUUUUGUUUUAUUUUCUUUUUAGUGUGCCGUAUCAGGUUCCUCCGACGUUGACGGGCACUUAAAAAAGAGUUAUUCUGUUAUUAUAACUAUUUUGUUUAAAAUUCUCUAUACAGCGAUCCUAGAAAGCAAUAAUCAGAAUAGUUUCCGCUGCCUUCUUCGUUUGUUUUAUAUUUUACCAAUAUCCAAUCAAAAAAGAUGAUUAAAUACGGAAAAGUUAGCAUCAGUAAUGAUUAUUGCGAUAUCCUAGUCGUGAGAAAUGUCUAUAUAUUAUAUUGUCAAUAGGAAACAGUCUAAUUUCUAUGAAAUUUUCAUGAUAUUCAACCGUUUUAGAGUUCCAUUUAGCUCCAAAAUGUGGAGCGCUAAUCAAUGUAACGAGCUCUGAUCGUGAGUUUUAAAUCUUCUGAUUCCUAAAUACGAAAGUUCUUAUGUUUAAUUUCAGAAGAUUUAUCAAGUCCUAAGCUCAGAUUUCUCUUCGAAGAAAGAGAUGUCGGCAAUAGAAAAAUUGCAUCUUUUUGUUGAAAAAAAGAAGAAACAUUGUUUCUUCUUAGCAACGCGUGACCUAUGCUGAAACAUUAAAUGAAAGUACACAUGAAAGUACAUUGAAAGUAAGUCAUUAUUAUAAUAUACAUUCAUUCGUACGUACAUACAUGCGUAAAUGCGUUCUAUUUUCUACCAUCGAAAUUGUAAUAAUUGCUCUUUAGAUGCUCUUUAUGCACGCUGCAGGGUAAAUGAAGAUAUGCUCGUAAGAAAUAAGUGUAAAAAAAUGCACGUGAAAGUGAAUCUACAUUAUUGUCCAUGAUUAUCGAAAUUAUCUUGAACAUUUGUAAUGCAUUUAAUACAUUGGAAUACAAAUCUUUUAUAAAUUUUUCAUUUUUAUGAGUAAAGUUUACAUAAAGUCUACAUAAAAAUUCAGAUAAACUUGUUAAGAUAACGAUCAGAAAAUUGGAAUAAAGUUUGAAAUGUUAUCUUUUUUUAAUUCAAGUGUUUUGUUAUGAAGGUGAUGAAAUCUUUCAUCAUGCUUUAUCUCGGUUUCGUUCUUUUGCUUAAUAAUCGUGUGAUGAUGUAUUAUUUUAUACGAGAUUGAAUAUUUUUUCGCCAGUGUUGAACAAAUAUUUGGGAUUUAUUUCUAUCUUUAACGUAAUACUUGACAUAUACUCUCUUUGCUCAUGUUCACGUAGAAAAGUAAGAAUCCUUGAAUAAAAUAAAAGCAACUGGUUAAAAUGUCAAUCAACGUAAUAUUAGACUGAAGAAAAUAUCACUACGCUGUAAUCGCAAAGCAUUUCUUAGGCCGAGAAAGUAAUAUUGCAACCUGAAAGUAUUCUUUAAAAAUUACGAGGCGUUAUUGUUGAUCAAUGAUUAUUAAUCCGUUACAUUGCUGAAUAGUAUCUAAUUACUGUUAUCUGAGUAAACCUUGAAUUAGUCUUAAGCCAGAAAGAAGUACGAAAUCUUGUUAUUAGAAUGAAAGUUAUAUUGAUAUUUUUAAUAAAAAUAUGUCACACAAGAUAAUAAUGGUCGAAUAUUAACUCUCGUGCACAUUACUAGCAAGUAUGAAAAAACAUAUCAGCAAAAACAUAUUGCCUCACUCCGAUACUUGUUAUCAAGGUAGCAGCGAAAUAGGUUGAUUUGAAAUCAGAGUAAAAACAAGGAAACGCCCGUCACCAGUAGUGAAAUGCGUAGAAGCAAUAAUGACUAUUGCGCUGAUAGUUGUGACGCAAGCUGUAGAUUAGUAACGAUCUCACAGAAAAGGGACAAAUGUAAAAUACAUUAAAAAUCUAAAUAUACCGUUUUAUACGUGAAAAAUGGAACGAAA